UCUGACGGACCUGCAUUGUGGAGAGCUUUACAACGCCACAGUGACCGGCGAGGAUGUUCGCUGCAAGAGCAAACCCAGCGACAGCGUAACGAUCAAGACUGUACCAUGCACUCCUGAGAAUACGUCCUCUGUGAUGGACUGUGAGGCCAACUCUCUCAUCGUCUCCUGGUCUGAGAGCGCAGGCGCCGACUCCUACACCGCCACGCUGCAGGACAGCUACGGCCGGAGCACAACCUGCCAGGGAACAACCCAGGGAUUGUGCAGCGUGAGCGGACUCGGCUGCGGCCAGAUCUACCACGUAUCUGUGGCCUCCUCUGACGGAUUCUGCAACAGCCCGCCCACAGACGUGCUGGACACGCCCUCAGUGCCGUGUAAACCCAGAAACAUCAAGGCGGCGAUGGACUGCUACACCAAAACAGCCCAGGUGUCCUGGUUCCCGAGCGACGGUGCUCUGUCCUACCUGGCAGUCGCCUCCACUGCAUCGGGCCACAACGUCACCUGCGAGACCAACACCACCUUCUGUGAGCUGGAGGGGCUGCGGUGUGGUCAGAGAUACGCUGUGUGGGUGAAAUCAGUGGGAGAAAGCUGCAGCAGCAGCGCCAACAUGACCGGAGAGCUGCUGACGGAACCAUGCAUUCCUGAACAGAUCACCGGUCUGUACAGCCUGGCCAUCGGUCAGGUCGAGUGGGACAAGGCAGCCGGUGCCGAUAACUACACCGUGACUGCGGAAACGGACCAAGGCCUCACAGCCACCUGCACCACCAGAGACAACUUCUGCACAUUGUACAACAUGGACUGCGGCCAGGUGUACAACAUCACCGUCACGUCGCACAGCAACGUGUGCAAAGACGUGUCUGUCUCUACAGAACACGUCACUAUUGUAACAGAGCCGUGUCCACCCAAAAACGUGGAGACCAACGUGAACUGCCAGGAGGAGCUGGGGACUGUGUCAUGGGAGGCCAGCUGGGGCUCCGUGGGCUACAAGGUUCAGCUCGCCGGGCGUGACGGCCAUUCGCUAACCUGCCUCACAAACACCACGUUCUGCGACAUCAAAGACCUGCACUGUGGGGUCGUCUACUACACCAACGUCAUUGCCAUUGGGGAGAACCGCAACAGCAGCAAGUCCACCACUGUGCUCCUCACUGCAGCUCCCUGUACGGCCGGCGAUGUGGCGGCUAGCUAUGACUGCCACAACAACACAGCAGAAGUCUCUUGGAGCUACAGCGCGGGCGCCAGCUCCUACCGGGUGACUGCUGUGUCGCCAAACGGGCACCGGACCUCCUGUGAGACGGAUGAGCUCCAGUGUGAACUGUUGGAGCUGGAGUGCAGUCAGACGUACAACGUCACCCUCACAACCAUCAGCGACCAAUGCCAGACUGAGACGCACACCGACGUUUACUUCAGCACAAGCCCCUGUAAGCCGCUGCGUGUCGGAGUGGACCUCCGGUGUGGGACGAGUACAGCCGACAUGUUCUGGGACGAAGACGACUAUGUGGAGCUCUUUAUGGCCACUGCCACCAGCAGCGCGGGAUUAACCCUGCAGUGCAACUCCACCAACUCCACCUGCCAGUUCCCGGGUCUGGACUGUGGAGAGAAAUAUGUGUUUUCUGUCACUGCGUACAGCAGCAUGUGCUACAGCAAAGAGGGCGACUCUGUGGAGAUCCAGACAGAACCUUGCCAGCCGGUUGGGCUGUCGGUCGGCGGCUCGUGCCAUAAUGAGACGGUUAUGGUGAGCUGGGAUGAGGCUCCCGGGGCAGCAGUGUACGUAGUCACAGCCGCUGGACAUCUGGGUUACGCUUCUACUUUCCAAGUCAACGAAACGUGGAUAGAAACCGAUCUGCCCUGCGGACAGCUGUUCACUUUCACCGUAAAGGCACAAGAUGAUCGAUGUGAGAGCGCCGUGAGCGAGUCUGAACAAUACAAAACAGGUCCCUGCACCCCCGAGGCCCUGCGGAGCUACACGCGCUGCGAGGACAGCCUCGGCGCCGUCAGCUGGACCAUGUUCGCAGACGCAGAGUCGUACUUGGCUGUGGCGGUGGGGGAGGACGGCCACAUCCACCAGUGCGCCUCAAACACCACCAGCUGCAAGUGGGACGACCUGCACUGCGGCGAAAUUUACACCGUCAGCGUCGUCGCGCUCGACUACCAUUGCACCAGCAUGCAGAGCAACAGCACGACUAUCCGGAUGGCACCUUGCGUACCUCAAGAUUUGAAAUCAUCCAUUAACUGCUCUACAAAGGUUGGAUCACUGACCUGGAAUGCCAGUGAAACCGCUGAGUUUUACAUCGUGACAGCAGAGACCAACAGCGGCCACAAAGUGCAGCUGAGCACCAACGACACCUGGACGUUCAUUUCUGAGUUCCUGUGCGGUCAGGAGUACUUCCUGUCUGUCCAGGCGGCAGACUCUUUCUGCACCAGUCGCCCCAGCCGGCCUUCAAAACUGUUUUCAGAGCCCUGCCCACCCACCGCAGUGCACAGCGUCUUGAACUGCCUGUCGAACAUCGCUCUGCUGUCGUGGAGCGGCUCGGCGGGGGCGGAGUUCUACACCGCCACGGUGAUGCCAGAAGACGGCCAGCCGAUGAGCUGCGCGUCUGAAAACGAGCAGUGCGCCAUUCCCAACAUCCCGUGUGGGAAGCACAACCUGGUGACGGUUGUCGGUUCCAACGGGAUCUGUGAUUCUGACCCCAGCAUGUCUGACAUACUGCAGUCGGUCCCUUGUGUUCCCACUGACGUGCGAGUGACGAUCAACUGCUCCACAAACGAGGCGGUCGCGUCCUGGAGUGCCAGUGAUGGCGCUCUGUCUUACAGAGUGAUUGCAGUGAGCACACGGGGAGCCGAGUCCAACUGCGGAACAGAAGAAACAAAGUGUGCGCUGACCAACCUGAUCUGCGGACAGCGGUACCACGUCCAGGUGGUGGCGCAGGACAACAUCUGCUCCAGCUUACCGAGCCCAGCUGUCGUGUUUGAAUCAGUUCCCUGCACGCCCAGCAUUGGCUCUGUGAUUUUGGACUGCUACACCAACUCUGCGCUCCUGGACUGGAUGUAUUCUGAGGGCGCCUUGAGCUACACGUCCACUGCCCGGUCCUCUGGCGGCCAUGUUUCCAGCUGCACCACCAGCCAAACCAACUGUGAGCUGGAGAACCUGCAGUGCGGCCAGACAUAUGAGGUGGCAACUGUGGCGUCAAACGAUCAGUGCAGCAGCCCACCCAGCGCCACGGUGCAUCUGGAGUCAGUGCCCUGUCCGCCUGAAGACGUUGUGACCAGUCUGGACUGCGAUAGCAACGUGGCUCUGGUGGAGUGGCAGGCCAGCAGCGGCGCAGACUCCUACAUCGUCCAAGCUUUCGGCAUGCAGGAACACGAGACCAACUGCACCACAGACUCCCAGUCCUGCAUCCUGCCCGACCUCAUGUGCGGCUUCACCUACAACGUCAGCGUCAUCGCCGUUAGCGGCGCCUGCAACGUGUCGCAGAGCGAAGUGCAGCAGCUCAACGCAAUUCCCUGUGUGCCUGCGCUGGUGGAGGCCCGAGUCAUGUGCGAGUCCGGCGGCAUCAUGGUCUCCUGGGAACAGAGCAAAGGCGCCUCGUCGUACGCCGCGGUGGCGCACGGCGGCGGCUUCAGCUCAACAUGCAACAGCUCCUCCACCACGUGUCUGCUGGAAGACGUCCUGUGUGGCCAGAACUACUCCAUCACCGUCAUCGCAUCGGACGACAAGUGCAGCAGCGCCGAGAGCUCAGCCGUGGAGAUCGACACAGCACCGUGUGUGCCGCAGGAAGUGACGGCGGAGAUGUUGUGCGGCAACAACACCGGCGUGGUAUCAUGGGCAGAAGACGACGGCGUCGAUUCGUACCACGUUGAAGCUUUGGGGCCCGACGGUCACAAAAUAUUCUGUGAUAGCGUUGAAAACAGCUGUGAGCUUCCCAGCAUGCAUUGUGGCCAGAGCUACAACCUGACAUUGACGGCGCAAGAUGGACGCUGCGACAACAGCAACGCCUACCUCGACCUAAAGUCUGUUCCUUGCAAGCCCACGAACGUCGGCGCUUCCCUCCGCUGCCACUCGAACUCGGCUGCUGUGACCUGGGAGCGGGCCAGCGGCGCGCUCUCUUAUGUUGCGGUCGGCGUUACUGCAGACGGGAGACACAGGGCCGAGUGCAACAACACGAUGACCUACUGCGACCUGAGCGACCUGCGGUGUGGACAGACCUACAGCGUCAGCGUGUUCGGCCGGGACGAGUCCUGCUCCGGCGUGGAGAGCAACAAGACUCACGUACGAACAGCUCCAUGUCCGCCUCAGAACGUGACAGUCGAUGCUGCAUGUGUUGAAAAGGCGAUGGUCGUCUCCUGGGCUCCCAACCCGGACGCCCAGCACUUCCAUGUAGCCGUAGUGAGCAGCACCGGCGCCAGGCUGUACUGUAACUCCAGCACCACCUCCUGCACCAUCAGGGACCUGCCCUGCGGGCAGCACUACAACGUCACAGCGAUCUCCGUUAGAGACGCCUGUGAGAGCAAACCGAGCGCUGUGGUGGCCACCAGUUCAGCUCCAUGUGUUCCCACGAAGCCUAACGGCCACCUGGACUGCGUGUCGAACUCAGCCUGGGUGUCCUGGACCCCCUCUGACGGCGCCAGCAGCUACUAUGUUCUGGCCGCGGCGGCCAGCGGCCAGAACUCCAGCUGCACCUCCUCGUCCUCCCUGUGUGAAGUUGCAGAUCUGAAAUGUGGGACUCUAUACACCUUCCAUGUCACGGCAGUCAACAAGCACUGCAGCAGUAAUCACAGCAGCACGUUUGAGAUCGAGACAGGUCCUUGCGCUCUAGAGAGCGUCAGUGCAACAGCUGCAUGCAACAGCGACACCAUCCUGGUUGAAUGGAAGCAAACGCUGGACUCGCCGCUCUACCUGGUCACUGCUGAAGCCGAAGAUAAAUCCGUCAUUUCCUGUAACAGCUCGUCAAACCGGUGCGUCCUCCAUGAUGCCCGGUGCGGCCGACAUUACAGCGUCAUCGUGUCAGCUUCCUCAGACAAGUGCAGCAGCCUAAGAAGUCCCCCGACGAAGAUCAAGACAGCUCCCUGCGUGCCGAGCAAUGUGACAGUGGUGCCGCAGUGCGAGGACAGAGGGGCCGUGGUUUCCUGGGAAAAAUCGUUGGUGGCCACAUCGUACCGGCUGACGGCCAGAGGACAAGAUGGCCACGUUGUGACCUGCAACAACACGGCCAACAACUGCUCCCUGUCUGCCCUGCACUGUGGCCAGGCGUACGACGUGAGCAUCACCGCCGUGGGAGAAAACUGCACCAGUUACCCCAGCAACAACACCUUCAGAACAGUGCCUUGCGCUCCCUCUAAUCUCGCCGUGAGUAUCGACUGUCAGACCAACCGCGCCCAGCUGUCUUGGGCUCACACCGACGGCGCUGUGGAGUAUUUCAGCCGCGCGUCGUCUGCGUCUGGCGAAGCCUUUUACUGCGGCAGCAGCAACACGUCCUGCACACUGAAAACCCUGCAGUGUGGCAACAACUACAACUUCACCGUUAAAGCCUUCGAUGGGGCCUGCAACAGCUCGGAAAGCAAACCUCUGCAGGAAGGAGCAGCUCCAUGCCCGCCGUCUCGCCUGAAAGUCCGGAUGCAGAGGAUCAAACUAAAGUUCUGGGCCAUGAUUUCCUGGGACAAAGUCAACUGUUCAGGCGUCGAGUAUUUGGCUGAAGUGAGAGGCUGGGUCGGAAACGACCCGCUGGCCCUGAUGAAAGUCUCCUCCUACUGGCAGCCCAGGCCGUACUUCGAGCUGCCGAUGCCUUGCAGCUCGGCUUUCAACGUGACCGUGUUCUCCAGGAACUCUGGAGGCGUCAGCAAGGCGUCCAGAAUCUACGCAGGAACCACAGAGCCUUGCGCGCCGCAGAGGGUUAAAUACAGCGGGAACUCGACGUCGGCCAUCUUGUCCUGGGACGCGUCGGUGUUGGCCGCCAUGUACACGGUCUACAACGUGUCGGGGGGAAGCCGGGUGAAGCUGUGCAACACCACCGGACUCUCCUGCCAGCUGACCAACUUCAACCCGGCUGCCACCGCAGUAACAGCCAGCAAUGCUGUCGGGGAAAGCAACCCGAGCCAAAACAUAACAGGUCCAGUGGGAGCGCGCAGGAGACGAGAUCUGCAACCCGAUCAACUCCAUACUGAUGAAGAAGAAAGUCUGGAAACCCCAGAGGUGUUGGCUGUGACGGCGAGCGCCGGGGCUUUGUACGUGAAGUGGAAGACGGUGGACGGAGCCACCAAAUACCAGCUUGUCAUCGAAGAGGAGCACAACGCGGAGCAGACGACUCUGCUGCCGAGAGUGAGGAACGUAGACGGGGAUUGUUACACAGAGACUGGCCUCAAACCCAGGACCAGCUACUGCGUCAGGGUGGCGGCGAAGGACGGCGUCAACCGGAGCAACUUCUCCUGGCCGACCUGCAGGAAAACCGGCGCUUCGUAAAGAAACCAAUUACUGUAGAGACUGGAUGAAAGAGAGCUUUAUUUAGGGUGAAAAUGGUUUUUCCACUAUGUAGCAUCCAUCACAGAUUUUCUUUUCUGGUUUGUUCUCAAAGUACUUUAGGAAGAUAACUGAUUGCUUUAAUAAUCUAAACAUGUAGCCAUUCAUAGCUGUCUAAAAGUGUUGCUCAAGCCAUAUUUAUCAAAAGAAUUGUUUAUUUUUAAGAUAGGUUAAUGCUUUUUUUUGGAUGAUUGUUAACUCUUAAAAACUCAAUAAACUUGAUAAUUUAUCAAGAAAUAUCCUUUAAAUGUAUAUUUUCUUGGUGAGUUAACUGCUCAGAUGAUGAAAUAAAAAGAAAUCU